AUGAAUUCCUUAGUGUGGAACGUUCGGGGUAUCGGGAACGACCGAACGUUUCAUAUUUUACGGUCCCAUGUUGUUGAGUUUCGUCCGGAUAUUGUUUUUCUGUCGGAAACGUUAUGUACUCACUCGUUUUUGGAGAUCGUUCGUGUUAAGCUCGGGUUUGUUGGUAAGUUAGUGGUGGAUAAAGUGGGUCGUAGUGGUGGUCUAUGUUUAUUUUGGGUAGCAGGUGUUGAUGUUGAUUUACUUGAAUUCUCUCGUUUCCAUAUUGAUGUAUUGAUUUCCUCUCAUGAUGGCUUGAAAUGGAGGUUCACGGGUAUCUAUGGUCAGCCCGAUCACUCUCUUCGUAAGAACUUUUGGAAGUUUUUUGGGCGGUUGGCGGAUGGGUAUAGCUGGCCUUGGUUGUGUGGUGGUGAUCUUAAUGAAAUUCUCUUCCCUUAUGAGAAAGAAGGAGGGCUUGCCAGACCUCAGCACUUCAUGGAUAACUUUCGGAAUGCCCUUGCAAAAACAAAUCUUGUCGAUUUGGGGUAUGUUGGUUCUCCCUUCACUUGGUUUAAACGUAAUGGGGACCAAGGGUUGAUUCGGGAAUGUCUAGACCGGAUGCUCUGUAACCAGCGUUGGCUUGACUUAUUCCCUAGUUCGAAGGUGACUCAUUUGGCCUUUUGGGGUUCAGAUCAUAGGCCCUUGCUCACCUCCUUUCAUCCUGAUAGUUUGCUGAGUGAUAAUCUUUGUUCGAAGCGUCGCUUCUUUUUUGAGAUGGCUUGGGCUAAAGAAGAGGGUUGUGGUGAAAUUAUCUCCCAAGAGUGGGGCUCGUCAGAGGCCCUCGAUAUGUCCGAUAUCGCUGGCCGUUUGAAUAAGGUGGCUGGGAAGUUAUCCUCCUGGAAUCAUAAUGUCUUUAAGCGUACUAAGAAGGCCAUAAAAAAUAAGAAAAUGAUGCUUUCUUCUUUGGAGAACUUUAAUAAUGAGACCUCUUGGAAAAAAUACCAAAUUGUAGAGAAGGAGUUGGAUACUUUGGUUUAUAAAGAUGAAAAAUACUAG